AUGGACAACGAGUCGCAGUUGAACUGCUCCGUUGUUGGCACUGGAGUGCUGGUCCGGAUGGUUUCCGUGAAUUCGGCCAUUGAAAAUCUUGAAAAAUUGUUGCGGGUGUGUGAAAUAAAAACGCUGAAUCUCGGUAACAGUUUGCACAGCUUCAAGCUGCAAUUUGAACGACGAUCCGGUGUGUCUGUCGGGUCACGAGAUCAACUAAGUAUCUACUACCAAAAUGUCGGCGGUAUCAACUCCUGCGUCAACGAAUAUCUGUUAGCCACCUCAUGCUCCAGCUACGAUAUUGUGGCUUUCACCGAAACCUGGCUGAACGAUAGAACCCUUACCAGUCAGGUUUUUAGCUCCGACUACACAGUGUUCCGGCGUGACCGAGGUCCUCACAACAGCACUGAAUCCACCGGCGGGGGUGUUCUGAUUGCCAUCCGAUCCGGUCUUUCAGUCACUCCAAUCGACGGCGAAUCAUGGAACGACCAGGAACUAGUGUGGAUCCGUAUCGAUCUGGGCACUCGAAAGCUCUUCGUUGGGGUUUUACACCGACCCCCUGAUCGAGCCAAAAGCGCGGUCUUUGCAGAGUCGUUUUCCCGCAGCCUUUCCCGGUUGUGUUCCCUUACUGUUCCCGAGGACGACAUUCUUAUUAUUGGCGACUUCAACUUGCCCGGACUUAAAUGGUGUUUCUCCCAGUGCGGUUUUUUGUUUGCUGAUUCAGCGAGAUCUUCAUUUACUACGCCCUCUAGUUUGAUCCUCGACUCACUCAGCACAGCAACUCUCCGACAAAUUAACAGCGUCGAGAAUGAGAAUGGUCGCUUGCUCAAUCUCUGUUUUGUUAACGACGGAUCCCAAUUGGCUACGAUUGAACUGGCUCCUGCGCCUCUGGUUAAGCUUGUUCCUCACCACCCGGCACUGCUGCUUUCGCUUGAAAUCUCUGAAGUUGUGACUCCUAUCAAGAAGCCGGCAUCCUUUUUUCUCGACUUCAAGAACGCCGAUUUUGUCGCUAUUUCACAAACGCUUGACGCCAUCGACUGGAAUUCUGAGCUCGAAUCUUCCGAUCCAAACGCCGCUGCUACGAAGUUCUCCCAUAUCAUAAACUACAUCAUCGAUCGUCACGUACCAAAACGCUCAGCAGCCUCUGACCUACGUGCUCCCUGGGUCACGAAAGAGUUGCGAAAAAUGAAAGCACUCAAGAACAAAGCCCUCCGCUACUACUUGAGGCACAAGUCUCUCCACGCCAAAAACCAGUAUCGCAAACUUAACGCAGCUUAUAAAAAAGUAUGCACGCGUUGUCACCAGGGCUACCUUAUCCGGAUUCAGCGUGGUUUUAAAACUACACCCAAAUCGUUUUGGCAGUACAUUAAGGACCAACGGAAAGAAUCGGGCUUACCGUUCUACAUGUUUUGGAAGACAAGUCGGCGACCUCGGACCUUGAUAUUUUUGACUAUGGCGGCUAGUAACGUCCCACGUCAGAGCACUUCCUUUCAUCACAUCGUAAUCGAUGACGAUACCAUGAAGGCGACUGCAAAGCUGAAAUCCAGUGUUUCUGCAGGUCCUAUAAAACUCCUAUAA